GUUGCGGUGGAGGUCUUGUCAUGUAAAAGCUAAACGCAGGUAGUGUGGUGAAGCCGUAUCACUGAAAAUGAAACAUAGUAAUAAUACGAAGUAUGAGAAACUGUCGCAGGCACGUGCCGACAAGUGCUAUGAAGACUCGGUAGGAAGCCCAGAAAGUGGAAGUAUAAAUUUAAGUGAAGUGGAUGAGCACUACAUGUGGCUCAUAACAAAUGAGGCGAGCACUCUCGGCACUGAGGAGGUGGCAGCACGGCUGCGCACCGACCUUCGGACUGGCCUCCGAUGGCGGGAGGCAGAGCUUCGGAGGCAGCUGACUGGCUAUAAUGAACUGACUGUCAAAGAAGAGGAGCCUACAUGGAAGAAAUACAUUGAACAGUUCAAGAAUCCUCUCAUUUUGCUGCUAUUGGCUUCAGCGGGAGUUAGUGUGUGUAUGAAGCAGUUCGAUGAUGCUGUCAGCAUAACAGUGGCCAUUCUCAUCGUUGUCACGGUUGCAUUUGUGCAAGAGUAUCGCUCUGAGAAAUCUCUAGAAGAACUAACAAAACUUGUUCCUCCAUCAUGCCAUUGUCUCCGAGAAGGCCAACUGGAGACAUUUUUGGCAAGAAAUCUUGUACCUGGUGAUAUUGUUCAUCUGAAUGUUGGAGACAGAGUGCCAGCAGAUAUAAGACUCUUUGAGGCAAUCGAUCUGGCUAUAGAUGAGAGCAGUUUUACUGGAGAAACAGAACCUUCAAACAAGAUUACUGCUCCCAUUCUAAAAAGCAAUGGUCAUUCAUCCAUGAAAAACAUUGCAUUCAUGGGGACACUCGUAAGAUGUGGAAAUGGAAAGGGGAUUGUAGUAAAUACAGGUGAAAAAUCUGAAUUUGGAGAAGUAUUUAAAAUGAUGCAAGCUGAAGAAGCACCUAAAACACCUUUGCAGAAAAGCAUGGAUAUCUUAGGAGCACAAUUGUCAUUCUAUUCAUUCUGCAUCAUUGGAUUCAUAAUGAUUCUUGGCUGGUUUCAAGGCCGGCCUAUUCUUGAUAUGUUCACCAUUGGUGUCAGCUUAGCCGUUGCUGCUAUACCAGAAGGCCUCCCCAUUGUCGUGACUGUGACACUGGCCUUGGGAGUAAUGCGCAUGGCGAAAAGAAAUGCAAUAGUCAAGAAGUUGCCUACAGUUGAAACCUUAGGGUGUGUAAAUGUUAUAUGUUCAGAUAAGACUGGCACUAUCACCAAGAAUGAAAUGACUGUUACUGUCAUUGUAACUUCAGAUGGGUAUUUGGCUGAGGUCUCAGGUGCUGGCUACAAUGAUCAGGGAGAGAUCCAUAUUCACAAAUGUGACAGUGUAGAUCGUGCCAGAGAAUCCAUAUAUACAUUGCUGGAGGUUGGCUGCGUAUGUAACAAUGCCGUGAUACAUUCGGAGACACUUCUGGGUCAGCCAACAGAAGGUGCCCUGCUAGCAGCGGGCAUGAAGCAUGGGAUGUAUGGAGUGGCAGACAAGUACGUUAGACUCCAAGAGUACCCAUUCAGUUCUGAACAGAAGAUGAUGGCUGUGAAAUGUGUGCCUAAGUAUGGUGAUAAUAAAGAGGAGACAUACUUUGUGAAAGGAGCUCUUGAGAAAGUUCUUCAGCAAUGUACAAAAUACUUAAUAAAUGGUACAGUACAACCCCUCAAUGCCAAGAAAGAGCAGGAAUAUCUUGCUGAAGCAUAUGAGAUUGGCAGAAAGGGUCUCAGAGUGAUGGGAAUGGCAAGAGGCAGUUCACUUCAAGAUUUAGUGUACACUGGCCUAGUGGGCAUCUGUGAUCCACCCAGACCAUUCGUACGAGAAUCAAUACAAACACUAGUGCAGUCUGGUGUGAAAGUAACACUAGUAACAGGAGAUGCACAGGAAACUGCAACUGCUAUAGCUUCAAUGAUUGGCCUAGAUACUAUCCACAGCCAGGUUCUGUCUGGAGAUCAGAUAGACUCAAUGACUGAUCAUCAGCUGGAACAGAUAGUGAACAGUGUUAGCGUGUUUUACAGAGUCACUCCACGCCACAAACUAUGUAUAGUUAAGGCGUUUCAGAGGAAUGGCAUGAUUGUUGGAAUGACAGGAGAUGGAGUAAAUGAUGGCGUAGCUCUGAAGAAAGCUGACAUUGGAAUUGCAAUGGGAAAGAAUGGGACUGAUGUGUGCAAAGAAGCAGCAGACAUGAUUCUUGUUGAUGAUGAUUUUCACACCAUUAUAUCUUCAAUUGAAGAAGGGAAGGGUAUAUUCUACAACAUCAGAAAUUUUGUCAGAUUUCAACUGAGUACAAGUAUAGCAGCUCUUUCACUUAUAGCACUUUCAACUUUGAUGGGAAUACCAAAUCCCUUAAAUGCAAUGCAGAUUCUGUGGAUUAAUAUUAUUAUGGAUGGCCCACCAGCUCAGAGUCUUGGCGUUGAACCAGUAGACAAGGAUGUCACCAAACAAAAACCUAGAAAUGUUAAGGAGCCAAUGAUCACCAAAUCACUUAUACUGAAUGUGCUGUUGUCAGCUCUUAUAAUUAUAGCUGGAACCUUAUGGGUUUUCAAGAGAGAGAUGAGCGAUAAUGUUAUAACACCAAGGGACACAACAAUGACAUUCACAUGUUUUGUAUUCUUCGACAUGUUCAAUGCCCUUAGCUGUCGGUCACAGACUAAAUCAGUGUUCACAGUUGGUCUCCUGAGUAAUAAAAUGUUUCUGCUUGCUGUGUCACUUUCUGUGUUAGGUCAGAUGCUUGUUGUCUAUUUCCCACCCCUUCAGAAGGUGUUCCAAACUGAAGCUCUUACACUUACAGAUAUUUUGUUCCUUGUCAGUCUGACGUCAACGGUGUUUGUUGUUUCUGAGCUGAAGAAGUUUAUGGAGAGGCAUCUGGAGAAGCGUCAGAAGGCUUUCAAAUCUGAACUUGACUUCGUAUGACAGUUAAGAAAAACCAGAAGCAAGGCCCGAGUCGACUAAAAUAUACAGUCACAGAACUGGUACUGUCAGUAUACAGCCCAGUCUCUGUCUUGAGGUGGUCUCUUCUGGUACAAAAAUCAAAAUGAGAAAGACUUUAUUGGUGAACCAUUCAGAAAAUCCAUAAUAGUGACUAGAAUAUUGUGGCAUUUGUUGGUGACUAAGGGAAACUUCAAUUAUUUGCAUAUUUAUUUUUCAUUCAUCAUUUUGCAUUAUUUAUAUUUUUAUAAGCACUAGUUAACAUUCAUGCUGUCAUAGAAGUUAUUGAAGUUUCCUGUGGUAAUGCUUUUGAUAAGUACCAUUGAUGCAUAUUCUACAUAGUUGAAGGAUGUAUAAAUUAUUUACAUUUUUUGAGAGUAAUGUGCUUUUGCAUUGAAUUUUUCUUAUUAAUUUGUACUUUAUUUAUUAGAUACAAGCAACUGAAAAAAUAACACUGCAGGUGGAGCUGUGAUGGAGGAAAGCAAGAAUUGACAGUUACUUACUUGAAACAAAAGCAAAGUGAACUGUUACAUCAUUGAACAGUGGUGUGUCUCUCUUGCCCAUUUUUAUUGUGAUAUACAGGGGACACUAUACAGUGGUUGUGUGUGUUUCCUUCCUUUGAGUAUUUUUUCUAACUUUGUAAAUCUUUAAUGAACAUUAUAAUCUUAUAGAUGGUAGAUGAUCCUGAAAAGUGAUUGGUGCUUUCUGUAAAUAUUUGCAGAUGAUAAACUAAGAGAGAAUGUAGCUGUGAAUGAAGUUUUAAGAAGCUAGCUGUACAAGGCAUCUGUCACCAGCUUAAAAAUUGCUUAAUGCCACUAUAAUGUUCUUUGUAAAAGGAUGUUUCUAUAAAGGGCCAAGCCCUAAAUAGAUGCAGCCUUAUAUAGCGUGACCAGGUCCUUAUUGAGGAGAGCUGGGAGAACAGUGUUAUACCUGUAUGUCAGUUUUCUUCUUUACCAUGCUUAAAAAUUUCAACAUUAGUAUUUUAAUAUCAUUCCCUAUAACAUUGUCUUCUUAAUUUCUGUUCUCAGCUGUGAUAAAAUGAUUUAAUCUUAAGAAGAUCCAUCUUUGCAACUCUAGGUAUUUCUGCCUAUUGAUUUUAUAUCAUAUCAACCUACAGUUGAAUUCAUUGUAAUGUGUAUUAAUAAUUGCACUUUCCAUAUUAUUGGCCUGUGGAGUUCUGGUUUUGCAUUAUAAAUGAAGAUAAUCAUAGCAUUUUAUUCAGUCUCAUUUUCAAAAAUAUAUUUGCACAAGAAUGAAUACUGGCUAGCAAAUUCCAAAAUUGUAGCCAAAGAUUUCUGUCCAGCAUAAUGUGCAGAAGAAAAUGGUUAGUGAGCUCCUGUUAUAAUAUGUCUUUCUUGCAGAAUAAUAGCCAAGUGUUUUAAUCGGGAUGAAGUUCACUGGUAGUUACCUUACAUAGGUCAGAGUUGCAGAACUGUAGUUUCUAGUGCAUUUCUUAUAAAACACAGAUGUGAAAUUUCAUGUAGUGGAAGAAUUCAAAAGAUUCCUGUAUUGCAGUUUGUACUGUAAGACAUUCUAUAAAACUAUCCUGUGGUUAUAGAAGUACGUCACCUUAAUGUGUGGCCAAGGCACUACUAAUAGAAAAGUAACUGAUUUCCACUAGUUAAAUAAUAAUAUACUGCAUCUAUGCUUUAGAACUUUUCUAGAUUACACAAAUGUGAUAACUGAAUAUAUUAUGUUGAAAACUAUUGACACUAUUUAGAAUCAUUUAAUGUUGUCAGUAUAUGUGUGGGGUGACAACUGUGUGUGAUAUAGUAAGAUAGUUUUUGUUGACAUUUAUUGUUCCAUGUGUUGUGUGUAGGCAUAAGUACAGAGCGCCUUCUCAGUAUUUCUAUUCUUCUAAUUGAUCUUUGCACUGUUACCUGAUGUUACAUCUUUAAUAAACUGUUGUUCUGAGAAGUAGGUUAUACCAUAAUGAUUCUUUUAUAAAUACAAUAUAUUUGACACUGGGGAUUGUUUUCUUGAUUUUCUUAAAAUGCAUUUAUGAACUGUGGAACAAAUCCAGAAAUUUAGUUAGAAUAUUGUAAUUUCUUGUCACAAAAUGAAGGCUAUGACAGUGUUAAUAUUUUAGUUGGUCAUGAGUACUUAACUAGGUCUUUUGAUAAAACAAGACUUACUUGUACAUGAGACAGAUUAUUGAUUCUUAAAUUUAAUAUUUUAGAUUAUUUCAUAUUUACAGAAGAUUGGAAGUAAAUACAUUUCUUUUAUGUAAAAUUUGUUGUCCUGGAUAAGAAAAACAGUAAAUAGAUCGAAAAACUCAAGAAUCUGUUGCCAAGUAUUGGUUGACAUGUUCCAUUUUGCUUUGUGAGAUGUCUGUGAAGAAAUUUUGUGUCUUUUUCAGUACUGUUCAGACAAAGAAUUGUGUACCUUUUAAUAACUGACCAGAUUAUUGAAUAGCCAGUUGUAAUUGUAAAAGUGUACUUACUAGAAAUAAAUGUAUAGCAUAUUUUUCAAAAGUACUAUAAUUUACAGAGUGCAUGAUGUGAUUCUGACCAUAAUGGGUUGUAUAGAAGUAUUAUUCAAAUUACAGCAUUUGUAAACGCCAAAGUUCUCUUUUCUUGAAAUACUGAAAUAUGUUAUUUAAGAAAAAUUAGUACUUUUCCAUUUGGACUUGAAUUAAAAAGCAGAUUUUGAGGAAAGUGUCCAUAGCUAAUUUAAGAGUAAUAGCACUUGCUUGAUAAAUUAUCAGUUUUCCAUAGCCUUUUUCUUAUAUAAAUUGUAGAAACUUAGUCUGUAUCUGUUUCUUUUCGUAUGUGAUGUUUUCAUGAACAGUGUUUGUUUGAUAAAUAUGCAGCAAAUUUUCUGUAAUUUUCUUUUUCAAGCCUGCUAUGGACCUGAAACAUUGUACUGUUCAUUUGAGCUGUUGAAGUUCCUCAUGGAAAGUGGCUCAUGAUACACCAGGUCUGUCUGUUGUUGUGGUCUUCAGUCCGAAGACUGAUGCUGCUCUCCAUACUAAUCUGUCCUGUGCAAGCUUCUUCACCUCUGAAUAACUGCUGCAACACACAUCCAUUUGAAUGCCCUUACUGUAUUCAAGCGUUGGUCUCCCUCUACAAAUUUUUGCCACCCCAGACUUCCUUUCAUUACCAACUUGACAGUUCUUUCAUGCCUCAGGAUGUGCCCUAUCAAAUUAUCCCUUCUUUUAGUCGAGUUGUACCAUAAAUUUCUUUUUUCCCCAAUUAACUUCAGUAUCUUCUCAUUUGGUAUUUGACCUACCCACCUGAUCUUCAGCAUUUUUCUGCAUCACCACAUUUUGAAAACUUCUAUCUUCUUCUUGUCUUAAUUGCCUAUCGUCCACAUUUCACUUCCAUACAAGGCUACAGUCCUGGCUAAUACCUUCAGAAAAGACUUUGUAACACUUGAAUUUAUAUUAGAUGUUUACAGAUUCCUCUUUUUCGGAAAUACUUUCCUUGGUCAGACAGUAGAAAACAUAAAAGCCACAAAAGCUGAGUUUUUUCCAUUUUCCUCCUUUUUCAAUUGUCAGGUGUGUCAACUUAUCAUUAAUUCUGAUGUUAUAUUUACAUCUUCAUUUCUGUGCAACAUGCUGUAGAGGAAGUAAAUCAAUGCAGCAAUCUGUAAGUGGUACAUACAAUGGUCUGGUCACAAAAGACUCUGACGUUACUGGUGUUAAAUUGCUCUAAAAUAUUGUAGGGAAUCCUCAUAUUUCUAAAGUUAAUUUUAGCUUCACAGAACUGGCACUUCAGUUCCUUUUGUCAGGAAACCAUAUGUAACCUAUAAUUUCAGUAACCAUUUGCUUGAAUUAACACUGCUUGCUUUUUUGGCAACAGUGGAAAAUGGAAAUGAGCAUUUGGCGUAAUUGGCUGGGAGGCCCCUUACAGGCCAGGUCCGGCCGCCUUGGUGCAGGUCUUAUUGAUGACCAUUUGACUGUUUGAUGGAUACUGUUGUGGAAAAAUUACAUUUCUUCAUUGGAGUAUGCUUAGCAGUUUUAAUUGUAAACACAAACUGCUUGAGCUGGAAAUGUUAUCAGAUUGUGCCUACAAAAUUGUAGAAAGCUUGGGUACAAAGUAAUAUACAGACUUCCUUUUAGUAAAAAUUACAUUUUUAUGACAACUUCAUUAUUUCAAGUGAAAGAAAGAUGCAAAUGAGUUUGUCUGUUAUGUUUAUUUUUUAAAUAAAAUUUGUGUUACCUGUCAACAAAGAGUGAAAUGGCAUUGUAAACUCUGACCCAUUAUCUAUUUUCAGCAAAGAAGAGUGUUGUUGAAGAUAUUUUACUUUAUUGUACACUUAUGAUAUCUUCUAACUGAUAAUCAUGAAGUCAAUUUUUUUGUUUCUUUUGUUGUUAAAUAGGCAUUUAUGUGACUAUAACCUUGUUUUAGUUUUACGCAAGAAGACAAAUUUGAUGGUAAUAUUCUGAUCUGCAAUUGGUCACUGCAUUUCAGGAGUAAAGCCUUUCCCACCCCCCACCCUCCUCCCCUCCCCUCCCCUCCCCGAAGAAACAGAACUUGAGAAUACUGUGACAGCCUUCUGUAUAUUUCUGUAUAGAAAUAAGUAGUUCUAAUUUGGUUCACAUCUAAUUUGUUGACAGUACACAGUUAUCAACACUUUUUAGUUAGUUUCUUUCUAAAAUCAUCUUUAGUUUAUAGUUCCUGUUUAAAAAAAAAAGUGUCAAGGUUUCUUAUAAAAGUACCUUUACAAAAUCUGUAUAAUAGUAGAAAGUCCUUGGUGGAAUGCAAACAGUGGCAUAAGGAGAGAGCAGUAUAAUUGUGGAGAGGGGGCGAGUGAAAACAUUAUAUUCCCUUGAUUCCGUGUCACCUAAUAAGCUUACUUCUCAACAUAGAGAGAAUGUAGCUCUGGGUGUGGUACUGUUAAAGUCCCCAUUUGUGUGUCUAAGCAGUUUAUCGUAUUCCCCAUAUGUUGGUAAUUGUCUUGUUUGCCUUUCACAAAUUUAUUUCCGUAGUAUUUAUUACUCCGUUCGAAAAUAAAUUAAGAUUUCUCGGUUAUGGUGCACGAAUAAUAGGCUGCUUCAUAAGGAAAAAGUAUCUGUUUUGAUUAUUUAACACAAUAACCAGUUCUGAUCAAAAUAGUAAAGCUAAUUUGAAACAAUGAAUGAAUUUAUUAGUUCUGUUCCUGCAAAUCAUAUUAAUACAGUGAAAUUCUGAGUUGUUCUCUGGUGUGGUUGAGAGUUUAAUCUUGAAGCCACUAGCCAACAGUGUGUUUCAGCAUGAUUGUGUAGUACAUGAAUGUGUAAAUGGAAAUAUUGGUGCAUGAUCAAAUGUGUAUGUAUUUGUUGUCAAGAAUAGUUUCAUUGAUAAUGUUCUAUUUUUAUCCUUGGUGCUGAGUUAGUGUGUUUUGUUUGACUGUUGCUAGGUGUAUAUAAUGAUAUUAUUUUAGGUAAAGGAAACAAGACACUAGUUUUUAUAAUGAGGAAACACAAGCAGUGACAGUAUUUGAUGUGUAGUACUUGUUACCUCAUGAAAACAUUCUUACAUCGUGGUCUCAUAGGGUAUAAUUAAUAAUGUUUAAGAAAAUGUUGUUUUGUUUACAAACCAUUAAUGUUAAAGAAUUUGUUAUACAUUUAUUUUUUUACAUUUGUCAAUGGUUUGGUAGUUUUUAUUUUUAGCCAUAUUAAUGUUUCAAUAAUGUUUAGAAAUUUGCUGUCUGUGCAGCUUUCUUUUGCUUUUUAAAAUCACAGUAUAUCUGCAGUGUUACUUUAAUUUUGUUCUUAUUUCACGUUCACCAAAAGCAUUUUUUUCUCAUUUUGAAUUUUAAUUUUGUAUAAUUUCAAUGUACCAGAAAAUAUAUUGCUACCUCUUUGUUA